GACUUGGUGGCGGCUCGACCUAGAGACGUUGCUACCCCUAUUAUACUUUACAACCCCUGUUUAUUUUGGUUUUGGUUUGCGACUAUUAUUACUUUGGUGCGCGGAUUUUGUUCUGUGGACUGCUACGUAGUGACUUUUGCUUAUUAGUUUUUGUGGUUUAAGUGUACUUUUGCUGUAUAUUGGAUUUUGUUUUCAAGUUUGAACUGUUUUUUAUUGACGAUUGGUGCUUUGAAAUGACCUAACGACUUGUAUGGGAUUCUGAAUAAGGAAUGACCGGUUCUAUAUGUUGUCGACUAUGGCCACUGUCACAUCUGGCAUCAUAUCACCAAAUUCGUUCGGCCUGACUCCAGAUCCUAUCAAAAUGGAAAACGUCGAUGACUACUCCCGCUACCACGACCAGGAACCCUUCGACUCGAACGCGAACUCCAGCGACUCAGAUCAGAACAACUACGUGGCAUCUCCAAAGAACGAGCUCCCGAAACGUAACAAGCGGAAAAACUUCAAACCGCGUUGUUCAAACAUCACCUACUCUGACACCAACGACCCGUACAACAACGAGGCGCUGAACCUGAGCGAGUACAACGACAACAACAACGUAAACAACAAUGUUAGACGGAGGAAAACGUUGGCGACGAGGAAGUUGGUGGUGGAUCCGAGGUUUAUACCGAUGGAUUUGAGUAAGAACAACGACAGCGACUCGAACACUGACUCUGAGAGUAACGACGGAGAGAGUAACUACCCCAAUUCUGAUUACGAGGGGAACAACAGUAGCGAGAACGAUUCGAAGAUACCUCAGAGUUUUUCUAUACAUAAUCUGUCUAAGCCUCACGUGCCGGACUUUACUCAAACUCCGCCGCAUUUGAGCCAAGAACAGGUUAUGGAAAUGAGACAGUACGCCAUGAACACAAUGAGAGAGUUGCUGGGGAUUUAUGGGUUGACGUCUGAGGUAGCGGAGAGUAUCAGCAGGCAGUUGCCUAUAGCGGCGUUUAGUAGUGGUAAAAUAUUUGAAAACUUCACCCUCAACCCUCCCGUCAAAAAAGAGGGAACACCUCCAUCACAACCACCUACACCUCCCUCGACUCCGCUAUCGCCAAAAUCCAACGACACCACCCCGAAACUAUUAAGCAAUCCCUUUACGCCUACGUCAACCUUACCGCAAUCUCAAUCUAGUCAAAAAAUACCUCAAGUACCCCCCACCAGCCAAAGCACGCCUCUGAACCUCAUGGGGAAGAAGCCUCCACAACAACAGCCAUACACCAAUGGUACUUUACCUCAUUCUCCCGAUAUGCUGUAUACUAGUGCAGAGAUUGAAGCCAUCAGGAGAGUCAAUGAAGAAACUAUGAAUUUAGAAAAGACUACGCCUAGUGGAAGGGGGAUUUUUCCUUCGAAUUUUCUUCCAUUUUCCCAAUCAAUAAAGACUGAAACUGAAUCUUCUAGCCCUCCUCUACUAGUGCCAAAUCCACUAAAUGCAAUGAUGGCACAAUCUUUAGCGCCAACAACACCCAGGGAAUCAAUCUCAUCGUCUUCCAAUCAUCUCGUACAUAAAACCUCGAGUCAAUUAGACUAUUCCAAAUACGUGAAAAAGUUCUCUUCGUCAUUGGAAUGUGGCAGUACUUACUGCAAGGACCUCAACUACAGGGAACAUUUCCACUGUCUGGACUGUAAUUCGAGGGUAUUUAUCAAGAAAGAAGAGAUGAUCCGCCAUUUUAAAUGGCACAAAAAGAGAGAUGAAUCCCUGCAACAUGGUUUUAUGAGGUACAGUCCUUUGGAUGACUGCGGGGACAAAUUUUCCAAUUGUACACACAAUAAGAAGCAAACCCAUUAUCAUUGUAUCAAAGAAGGGUGUGAUAAGGUAUACAUAUCAACGUCUGAUGUACAGAUGCACGCAAACUAUCACCGAAAGGAUUCGGCAAUCAUUCAAGAGGGCUUCCAAAGGUACAGAGCUACAGAAGAAUGCGGCGCCAGUUAUUGUGCGUUUUUUGGCCAAAGAACAACACACUUCCAUUGUCGGCGAAGCGGCUGUCGUUUCACGUUCAAAAACAAAAGCGACAUGGAGAAACAUAAGUCAUAUCAUAUCAAAGAUGAGCAACUCUCGAGAGACGGCUUCAAGAAAUUUAUGAAGAACGAAAAAUGCCCUUUUGACAACUGUCGGUUCUCGAAAGUCUGCAAUCACAUACACUGCAUCCGGCCACAAUGUAGCUACGUCUUGCAUAGCUCAGGCCAACUGUUUUCUCAUAAACGCAAACACGAGCGUAAAGACUCCGAACUAGCGUACAGAAAGUAUAAGCUAGCCCAAAGUAUGUUAAAGACUUUGACUGAUGGUCCUGUACCGCCCCCUAUGAAUUUUGCUAGAGACUACGAGGCUCAAAUCGACAGUUUAAAUUUGUCUCUUUAUAAUCAAUCCUCAGGAGCCAUGUCCAACAUGUCUAACAUGUCCAACACUGAGAGUUUAAGCGAAAGAAACUCUCCCGUGAGCUACGAGGAGUCCGAGUCUAUUUCUGCGAUAGAUUUAAGCGCGAAUGAAUCUAACUUUGCUCAAGAAGACACCAUUUCCUUUAACAGUGAAGACUUCUGGCGCAAAUACUGUCAGUUUGUUCCUGAUAAUCAAUGCCCGAACGACAAAUGUGAAUACACCUUCACGGAUCACUUCCAUUGCUUCGUUGAGCACUGCGACAUGGCAUUCAAUACUAGAGAAUCAGCCAGAGAACACGCCAGAAACCACGAACAACAGGAAACGAUCACAGACAACUACUUCACCACUGUUACAGUACAAAGCGGAGAGUGCGAAGAAAACUGCAUCUACCAGGAUAAAGAAAAACAUUAUCACUGCAACUGGGAAAAUUGUAGGGAAGUUAUUCUUCCGAUCGACAAACCAUUUAGACGUUUGGAACAUUACAAAAUGCAUGAGUAUUCCAAGAAGCUCAGCUUGACCAAGGAUCCUCUAACUAUGACGCAUCUGUCCAGCAGCAUCGAUGGAAUGUUCUGCAGGAAACGUGGAAGGCCACCAAAGAAUAGAGUCAUCGAAGUAUGGAAUGAUUAUAACCCCAUGGGUAGCCAAAACCUUAUGGACAGUCCACAAGCUAUUUUCACAAGCUUUAAACUCCCAAAACCAUCAGCAACACCCUCUAGUAGCAAAGAGAUCGAACAACCAGAUUCCAAUGAUGAUAGAUCAAGCACUCAUAGUCCCACGCCACAGGACUAUUCCCUCCAAGGCUUUGAUGUCUUUAAUGAAAAUACCAAAUGUCCCGACUCAUUGUGUCCAUAUCUGGGAUCAACGCACUACCAUUGCGUCCAGAAUAGAUGCCUCUAUGUCACGGAGAAAGAAGAUACCUUAAUCCUACACGCUAAAGAUUUCCACGAUAAUGUAGAAAUAUUAGACGGGUUUGAGUUCUACGAUAGAAACAUAGACUGUAGGCUUCACAACUGUCCCAGUAACAAAAUAAACCGACAUUUCCACUGCACACGACCGAACUGCAACUAUUCCUUCGUUCAGUAUUCAACAAUGGCGAUUCACAACCAGAAGCAUGCUGAAGAGCUUGCUCGUGCAUCUCAAAGCACGUUUGCUCAACCGAAAUUGGAGAUCCGAGUGAAGAGCGAGGCCCAAUUGACGGAUCAAAGACUGGAACCUAGUGAUGGACAGUUUAAAGCCAUUAAUUUGAGCCAAGCAUCAGAAAACAAUAAAGUAUCAGUGGUGAAGGCAUCAGGGACUUUCUAUCCUUUAUCUACAUUGCCAACAGAAAUGCAAAAAUCACCAGAAUAUAAACCUAUCGUCUCAGAACCAGCACAGAUUCAUGAAACGAUGACUCCAACAACAGGUAGCAACAUCUUGUACGGACCAGAGAUCAGUUGCUCGAGGCCUUUCUGCAAACUGAAAAGGAAGUACCACUAUCACUGCAACGCUUGCAACCAAGCCUUCAGUGAGUUGGAUAGGUUGUUGGUUCACGUAGCAAAACAUAGCAGUGGGGCUCUAAAUAGUCAGACUCAAGAGGACCACUCUCCUCAAUCGUUUUCUCCUCCAUCACCCCAAAUUCCUGUAUCUUCCACGACGUCAAAACCUUCAACUGAGAGCAAAAUUUCCAUUGCACCUAUACAAACGUUGCAAAAUCCUUCUGUUAGUCAAAUGAGUCAACAACAGAAAGCAGAACCGCACGAAACUUACCUCCCACCGACAUUCGACGCAUAUAGUCAUUUUAAUAACUUCCCCGCUAAUCUUCAAUUUGCUAUAAUGUCACAGCAACAGCAAAUGCAAAACCCUUUCUUGUCCCAAAGCCUCUACCAGAAUCCUCAGCUGAUGUUCCAACACGCGCAACUGAUGCAAAGUCCCCUCCUUACGCCCCAAUCUCCAUAUCCCGGAGAGAACCUUACCAGUCCUCUUGCUGCAAUGGCUGCUAACUUAAACAAGAGAGCUAUGAGCCCUCACGACAUUUCCACCGAUGCCAAGAAGGCGAGAAUUCAAAAUUCUAUGAGGAUAUUGAAGGAUGAGCCAGUUCCCGAAGGAUAUCUCAGGUUCAGGUUUAACGAAGACUGCCAGUAUCAACACUGCGGAUACAGGGAACACCAGACGCACUUCCAUUGCCAGAGGCAGGAUUGUGGGUACAGUUUUUGUGAUAAGACUAGAUUUGUGCAGCAUACGGCGAGGCAUGAAAGGCUUGAUACGCUUAUGGGAGGAGAUUUCCAGCAGUACCGCGCCAACGUUGCGUGUGGCCGAGCAGACUGUGCCUAUACGGCAAACUUAGGAUCGACCCAGAACAAGGCUUCCCACUUCCACUGCCUCAAAUGUGAUUUCGUAUGUACAGACACCAACAAAGUGGUGGCCCAUAGGCGCCAGCACCAAAAAUUAGACUCUAUUCAAGCUGCCGGCUUUGAGAAGUUCACCCCCAGCCAAAUCUGCAGAGUACCGAACUGCCAGCACAGCGGCAAACAAACGCAUUACCAUUGUUUGCAGUGCCAGUACGCGGUACUAGGACUUGCGCAGAUGUCUGCGCACAAGUACAGACAUAUGGAGUGAAUAUGUGUAUAUAUUAGUUCUUAACGGGAUGAAUUAUGUUUGGGUUAAAAAAACCUGUUUUUGUAAAGAGUUGGGCAAUAUUUUGGAAAGUAUACGAUAUAUUCUGAAGUAUUUAAUACAUUUUGAAGAUGUGAUAAAGUGAACUGGGUAUAUUUACAAAGUAGAGUAGUUUUUUUAAAUAUAUAUAUGGACUAUACUAAAUACUCAGUUCCUUUCUGUCGUUAUACUUACCAAAAUUCCCGAUUUUGAGAAAAAAAGUAUUUCAAUGAAGUGCUUCUAUGAAAUUUUGUAAAUAAUCUGUACAAAGAUAUUUUUCCAUUAUGUAAAUUUGUAAAUACGUAAAAAAGGCAAUAAUUUUAACUAUCUCAGAUUGAAUCUAUAUUGGGGAAAAAUACUUUCAUUAAAUUUGUCAAUAACUGACUGAGAUUUGUAACUUAAAGUUAUAAAAAAUAAAUAGAAAAUUAAAUACGAUAUGAUGUAUUUGUUACAAAAAAUCCUUCUGAACAGUAUUUGUAGUGUAAACUAAAAGUAUUCUAAAUAAUUAUUUUGUUUAUAUUACUUUAGCUUAAAUUUAAAAAAAUCCAAGUGAGUAAGUGGUUCCAGAAUUAGUUUUAGACGUAGUGUUGGUUCUGGCUCUUUUAUAUUAUAAAAAGAAAUCACUAAAUGUUUUGACAUGGAUUUAACUCAACUGUUGGCAUUUGUAGAGUGAAAUUGGCAUUUUUAAAUAAUCUGGAGGAUAAAAAUCUGGAGGUCCAGUUGGCCAAAUCUUCAAUUUAUUUUCCUAUGUGAGAACAAACUUCUCACCAAGCAACCACCUCGUUGGUACUUAGGUCUAACUGUAAUGUUCUAGUAUUGCGUGCCCCAGGAAUAUCCAGCAAGUUGUGGAAAUGUUUGCCUGCUCUUCUACAGCGUCUUCCGGGUUUGCACCAUGUGUUUUUGGACAACCCUUAUGCGGGUCGUUCUCAACCUUUCACUAACCUUAUACGAUAGUUUCUUUAAGAGCAGUAAUGAUGUUUUUGGAUCUACAACGGUAGAGAAACGUUGAAAUUAACCCACAUAUGGAUCGUGUACAGAAGUCACGUUCCAAAUCCUGAAGUCAGUGAGAUAUGGUGUGACAAGGGGGGUCACCAGUGACUGUCAUCACUGUUGUUUAGUACCCUUCUUGAAAUUGUCGCCACAGAAGCCGGAAUCAACAGCCAGGACUUGAAUAUCAACGAAAACACCAAUUCAUAGCAUUUGCUGAUAACAUAGUACUGAUACCCAGAAGUAAAUAAGAAUUAACAGAAAUACUAAAAACACUAGAAGCGAAAGCAAGAAAGCGAUAUACAUUAACGAAGAAAAUACCAAAUAUAUGAAAUGGGUAGAACGAGAAUACAUACAAGGACAAUACCUGACAACCAAAGAAGGAAAAAUAUAUAAAUUCGAAGAAGUAUAAAGAUUCCAGUAAGUACCUAUUAGCGACAUUCACUAGGAGACCAAUAUGAAGGAACAAAUCCAAGCUAGGAGUAUGGCUAGUAAUCAUUGCAUCUUCGCUCUAAACAAGCUAUUAAGAAAUUAAUUAUCUAUUUAUUAAACUAUCUAGAAGAGCUGAGAUAAGAAUAUAUCGCUGGUACCUAUGAUUAAUGUGAUUCCUAAUACAUUUCCAGUGAAAAUAAUAACUCUUUGAUAAGUGUGGGCGAUAAAAAUUUUUUAUAUGCGUGUCCGCGAAGAUUAUAACUCCCAAAAUAUUUAUAACGAAAAGAUUUAGUUCAUAAUAGAUGCCGACGAAAACAAUUAUUUCUGAGAACUUUUUAGUAAUUAUAAUUUUCGUGGACCCACAAACAGAAAUUAUGUUUUUUGCUGAUACUCCUCAAAAAAUAAAUUUUUUCGCUAACACUUUAUUAGGGAUUAUAAUUUUCACAAUCAUACAAAUCGAAUAUUUUUCGCGGCGUUCAUUGAAAGUUUUACUCUUAACGGCAUUUUUUGCAGUUAUACCAGGGGCGUCAUUUGAUAGGGGACAGGGGGGCAUUUGCCCCCCCCCCCCCCCCUGACCCUGAAAAUUACUGAGAAAUUUACAAAAAAUAGAUCAAUUUUGUAUUAUGUUUGCUUAUAAAUGUAUUGUAUAUAUAAUGCUUCUUCUUCUUCUUCUUGUGCCACUCCUAUCGGAGAUUGGAAAUCAUCAAGGCUACCCUGACUUUGUUUACAGCUGACCUAAAAAGUUCAUUAGUGGUGCAGCCAAACCACUCUCUCAAAUUCCGCAUCCACGACAUUCUUCUACGGCCUGGAUUCCGUUUUCCUUCUAUUUUUCCUUGCAUUAUAUUUUGAAGUAAUGCGUAUUUAUGACCUCUCAUCAGGUGACCCAAAUACUCGAGUUUUCUUCGUUUUAUCGUUUUAUAUAAUGCUUGCCCCCCCCCCUAUCAAAAUUUCAAAUGACGCUCCUGAGUUAUACUUUAUGCAGGCGGCGGCGAUAUGACAGUGAUUAGACUUAUAGCGUUACGUGCCAGUUAAACAUGAACGAUGAACAAAUCCGAACAAGCCUGCUGCAAGUGUGGGAGAGAAAAAUCUUCGGGAAAAUAUUUGUAGGAAGCUAUGGAAUGGCAUGUGGAUAAAAAUACCAAAUAUAGAACUAGAGAAGAUCUACGGAGAGCCGAAUAUCGUAGGGAUCAUAAAAUCACAAAUACUGAGAUGGUUUGGACAUAUCCAAAGAAUGUCAAACACGAGAUUACACAAAAGAAUACUAGCAGGAGGAGUAGGUAGAGAGAAAAAGAAAGGUAGACCGAAAACCAGAUGGAAGAAGGAUGUAGAAAAAGACGUAGAAUAUAAACUUAAAACAUCCAGUUGGAAAAAUAAAGCUGCAAACAGGAAAGAACGGAAAAGAAUAGUAAACCAAGCCAUAGGGCUUCACGCUCUUCUGGAAGGAAUAUAUGCAGGAGGAUCACCAAGCCGCAAGCCUUUAGCUCUUGCCGUACUACUAUACCAUCUUCUUCUUCUUCACGUGCCACUCCUAGCGGAGAUUGGAAAUCCUCAUGGCCACUGCGACCUUAUUAGCAGCGCGCCUAAAAAGUUCAAUUCAACUACACCCGAACAUAUUUCUUAAAAGUUCGUACUUUUCACCCCUCAUAAUGUGCCCCAAGUAUUCCAUCUUUCCAGUUUUUAUCUCAUUUAUAAUUUCGCAUCUUUUGUCUAAAGUUUGGAGUACUUGCGUGUUAGUGACGCGGUCCAUCCAUGAUAUUUUGAGAAUGCGUCUGAGAAUGCUUCGAUGUUUUUUAUGGUCGACUGUUCAAGCCUCAACUCCAUAUAACUGGGUGGAAAAGAUAUAACACCGCAGCAUUCGUACACCAUAGGCUGAUCAAACACUAGCGUAUUCUAGUCUAAGUUGUAGAUUUGUUCUGAACUUAUACAGGGUGUUAGUAAAUAAGUAUGAAAAAUUUUAAGGGCUAAUUCUACAUGAAAAAUUAAUGCCAGUUUGCUCUAUAAACAUAUGUCCGCAAAUGCUUAGUUUCGGAGAUACGGGGUGUUGAAAUUUUUAUUUCAAACUGCCAAUUUAUUUAUUGCUCUAAGACCAGUUGAGCUAUGAAAAUGAAAUUUGGUGAGUUUUAGGAGAUAGUUAUUACGAAUUUUAUGACAUACAAUUAAGAAUUUUGUAUUUAUCAUUGGCGCGCCUACGGGCAAUGGUCUGAAUUAUUUUAAAGAAAAAAAUAGUACGCCACUGAGAUAUUUCGAAUUAGAAAUUAUUUUCUAAUUCUACGAAUUAGAAAUUCUACGUCUAAUUUAUGAUAAAAAACCUUUCUUGCCUUUUUUUCAUAUGAUGCACCGUUUUUAUGCAGAAAAAUAAAACAUCUUGGCGCAUAUUUUUCAUUUCUUAAUACAUUCAUCAAGAACUAUCAAAUAUAAUAAUACUAAACUAGAACAAUAACAGAAAAUAUUACUAAUACCAUUUCAACUAGGUGCAAAGCUGCACGAAAUGUUUAAAAUGAUAUCCUUUACAGGUAACAGAAGAAUUUUAUAUUAAUCAUUGGCGCGCGUACGGGUAAUGGUCUGAAUUUUUUAAAGAAAAAAAUAAUACGCCACUGAGAUAUGUCAAACUAAAAAUCAUUUUUGAAUCCCUCGUUGAAUUGACGACAAAAAAUCUUUCUUGCCUUUUCUUCAUAUGCGGCGCCG